AGCAAGGGCCGCCGCUAUGACCUCCGCGUUGGAAAGCUACAUUAACCGAACGUGUAUACUUGUUCUAAAGUUGCCAAAAAGUUGGGAGCUUUUACAUGUGAGAAUGCCAGCUCCAAAUCCCAUCUGAGUCAUGAAGUGCAUGGAUGGUUAUGAUCUACAGCCUAAGCUACAUUAUGUGAAUGCUCUUGUGACUUCAUAAAAUGCACAAUGAUAGAAGACUGGCCCAGAGGAACACUCAAGGGUUUUGAUCAAACCAUCAACUUGAUCUUGGAUGAAAGCCAUGAAAGAGUGUUCAGUUCUUCACAAGGAGUAGAACAAGUAGUAUUAGGAUUAUACAUCGUAAGAGGAGAUAAUGUUGCUGUAAUUGGAGAAAUUGAUGAAGAAACAGACUCUGCACUUGACCUGGGAAAUAUUCGAGCAGAACCUUUGAAUUCAGUUGUACAUUAAAGAACAAGAAUACAAAAGGACUUCCUCUUUCAGGCUGUACAGAACUAUUUAUAGGAUAGCAUACUUUUUUACAAGAUGUGUUAAUAACCUUACUAGUUUGUACUCUUUAUUUUGAAUGUUAUGGUUUGAUAUGUAUAUUAAAGGCUACCUUUUACCAA